AGAUAUUAUUAAUAAUUAUUUAUAAAUCUCCAAGAAAUGGCUUAAGGUUUAAUUUAUGUUUUUCAAUUUAAAGUAUUGAUCUUCAUAACAUUGUAUACUUGACUCUGUCGAUAAACAAUAACCAAAAUAUUCUCGACAAUAUAGCCUCGAGCCUCGCGACAAAACAUUAUAACAGAAUAUAAUAAGUUAGAAAGCGGCAUGACGUUUCUUAAGAAUAACUACAACCUUUUGCAAACACAUUUCAACAAGAAAGGUAAUGAGUAUCAGAUAGUAGAAUCUGGACACACUAAGCUCUUCUUAAUGUGAAGAUAAUGAAAUCAGAUUUCUCAAACUAAAAGUGAGAUAAAGUUUCUAAAAUAACUCGUAAUUAUCCGUGGCAAGCCGUUAAAAGCUUAAAUCACGCAGGAAAUUUGAAACAAAGUAUUCACAUAUCUUUUACAACUUUGGCAUUAGUAAGAUAAAACAUCUAUAAAAUUUAUUAGUUUGUUCAAGCAUAAUUACAAUGAGGCUGGUGUCAUCUUAACAUAAUGGUGAGCUCACAAUGUAAUGAUAAAAAUUAAUUUUGUUUCUUGUUGUUAAGUUAUUAAUUUCAGAAACUAUAUACUUAAAAAUAUUGAUGCUAGUUUGAACUUGCAACAUUACCUAUUCAAUAAUCUUGAACUUUAAGUAAUAUUUCUCAAUGCAGAAUGACAAUACUAAGAAACACCAUGCAUCUUUCGAAAAUCCGACAUCUAAAAGAUGCCGAACUUUAAAAAGAACUCAAGAAAUAGAAGAAGAAAAAUGUAAGAACGAAACAUUUUAUCAUUUAUCAUCUUACAAUCCUCUCUGUAAUAACUUUAACAAUAUAACAAAAUGGCUGAAUUUAACAAAUGUUAAUUUAUCAAAUAAUAAAAUUGAUAAAUUGCCAAAGGAGUUCGGCAUUCUGUCUAUUCUUCAACUUAAUUUAUCGCAGAAUCGCUUGAGUGAUCAUGAGUGGUUAUGGCUAAACCAAUCUCCUAUUAAGAAAACUUUACUUUUUCUUGAUAUAAGUAAUAAUUCGCUUCUUGAAUUAUCGGAACACAUUUGGGAUUUAAACUCUUUAGUGGAAUUAAAUGUUAGUGAUAAUCUAUUGGAAUACUUAUCACAAGACAUUGGAAAUGUAAAAAGUCUAAAAAUUCUGGAUGUGUCACAUAACUUGUUAUCAUAUUUACCAGCAAGACUCCUUGAUGUAAAACUAGAAAUCAUAAAUAUGACAAUGAAUCCAUUUGACUUUGAUGAGAUAUAUAAAAUAGAAAUACCACGUCUUAUUCAAUUUGCAUCAAAGAUGCUAUUGCAACAUUACAGCCCUACAAGAUUUCCAUCAAUUGCAGUGGAGGAAUAUGCAAGAAGAAAUAUGAUAGAAACUUGUAGCCACUGUAAAGAUCUAUGCACGACUUCUUAUGUACAUGCAGCCAUUUUAUUAUCUUCAGAUCUAUUAGCUCAUAAUGUGAUAAACGACUUGUCCGAUCUAUUAGACAACGAAUUGCUAUUCGAAUUUUUCCAUUGUUAUCCUGAAUGUAAAGUGAAUUUAUAUUAAUCUUCAUAUAUCUAAUAAUGAAUCAGAUGUUUCAUAAUUAAUAAGAUAAUAUUUAAAUUAGCUAUAAAUAUUUUUUUACGUUAAUUUAAAAUAAUUUAUUGUAU